AUGCCGUGCUCUUUCUACUGUAAGGCGUGCUGGUGUGGUGGCCCAUUCCGUCGUCUCUCUCGUCUUGUUCAUGUCGGUGACUGUUGCUGGACGGUGGUUCUGGAGUCGGAUCUUGGGUGGCGGAUGGGAGUGGUCAAGACUUGGUCAGGCAAUAGAUCCUUCAAUUUGAUCGGUGGUGCUUUGAAUUCGAAUAGAGGCGGCGAGUCUUGCUUGGCGACUAAUUUCUUUCCAUGGGAGAUGAUUCUCGCAGCUUUUUAA